AUUCCGCGCAUAUUUCGCAUCCUUGGAGAGACGCUGCGCAUUUUACGCACUCAGCGCUCCCGAUCCUUCAUCAAACCAAAACCGAGAGGAGACUCUGGAGUUAACGGAGCGCUUCCUGAUGCCGUGGCGACUCCUAUCCGUGGAAAAGUGUGGGAAUUAAUCCAUAAAGAGGCGUUUGAAUCGAGGGUUUCUGCUGCCUGACUUUGGAUUUCUGCCCCCCCCUGGCUGAGUUGUCCGCAGUCUACAAGCCACCGUCCCUCUUUGCGUUUAGUUAUUAGCAUUUUCACUGUCAAAUUAGCAGUUAAUGUGGUAGAUAGCCACUGCAGACUGACCCCACUGGGAGUUUAUUAAUACCAGUCGUGUAAGCGUUGGCUCUCUAUCGUAAUCGUCUCUUACCUGUAAGCGUUCAUCAGUCGUGCUGAGUUCACAUCGGCUGGUUAACGUUAGCUGCCAGUAUGGAUCGCAGUAGCUGGAGUGGCAGUGAGAGUGGAGGGGAGGACAUGGACAGACUGAGUGACUCAGGAGGGGAUAAGACCAUGGACGGAGACCCUGAGGGAGUCUGGAGCCCUGACAUCGAGCAGAGCUUCCAGGAGGCCUUGGCCAUCUACCCGCCAUGUGGAAGGAGGAAGAUUAUACUGUCAGACGAAGGGAAGAUGUACGGUCGAAAUGAACUGAUAGCCAGAUACAUCAAGCUCCGAACAGGCAAGACACGGACAAGAAAACAGGUAUCGAGUCAUAUUCAGGUUUUAGCGCGGAGGAAAUCGAGGGAGUUCCAGUCAAAGCUAAAGGACCAAAAUGCCAAGGAGAAGGCUCUGCAAAGCAUCUCCUCCAUGUCCUCAGCUCAGAUAGUCUCCGCUACAGCCAUACACAACAAGCUGCUGCCUGGAAUAGUACGGGCCAGCUUCCCCAGCAACGCACAGCUCUGGCAGGGGAUGAUUCCUGGGGGACAGUCCAGCUCCACCACAGAAGAUAUCAAGCCGUUCUCUCAGCAAGCCUACCCUGUGCAGACAGCAGGGACCACCACACUCUCAGGCUACGAGCCUCCCGCAGCAGCCCAAACGCACAGAGAGCCAGCAUGGCAGGGUCGUUCUAUCGGCACCACCAAACUUCGACUAGUGGAGUUUUCAUCUUUCCUGGAGACGCAGAGGGACCAGGAGUCAUACAACAAGCACUUGUUUGUGCACAUCAACCAGAGUAGCCCAGCCUACAGCGACCCCAUGCUGGAGUGUGUGGACAUCAGGCAGAUCUACGACAAGUUCCCAGAGAAGAAGGGGGGCCUCAAAGAGCUUUUUGCCAAGGGACCACAAAACGCUUUCUACCUGAUCAAGUUCUGGGCCGACCUGAAUCAUAACAUGCAGGAUGACCCUGCAGCCUUCUACGGUGUCUCCAGCCAAUAUGAGAGCUCAGAGAACAUGACCAUCACCUGCUCUACGAAGGUCUGCUCCUUUGGAAAGCAGGUGGUGGAAAAGGUCGAGACGGAGUACGCACGGUUUGAAAACGGGCGCUUCAUCUACAGAAUCAGCCGUUCUCCGAUGUGUGAAUACAUGAUCAACUUCAUCCACAAGCUCAAACACCUCCCCGAGAAGUACAUGAUGAACAGCGUGCUGGAGAACUUCACUAUUUUGUUGGUUGUGAGCAACAGAGAUACUCAGGAGACCUUGCUCUGUAUGGCGUGUGUGUUCGAGGUGUCCAACAGCGAGCAUGGAGCACAGCACCACAUCUAUCGACUUGUCAAAGAAUAACACACUCACUCACACACACACACACUCACACACUCGUAUGGCCUGAUUUAUGUUAACGUUUGGGGUCAAAUGUUCAUUAAUAGUGUCUUUCAGCCAAACACCUGAAGCUAGUGAUGAUCACAGAUGAUACAGUAGGCAGCAGCUCAGUACAAGCCUUUCACCUCAUCAAUAUUAACUGCUACUGGAAUAUCAGAAUAAAGAAUAGAGGAUAAAGAAGCACAGAGGCAGCGCGGCCUUACAUCAGAACCAAGAGGGAUGUUUCCCAGCAUCCGAGGUAUCAGAGGGAGACUCCACGACUCCCUCUGCUCCUGGUAAAUUCAUAUCCUGCUCCUCUGAGGGGGAUAUUAAACCAGUAUUUAUGUCACCUGCUGAGGGACGCUCAAUCCAGGAGAAGAAACAGCCCCACAUUUUAUUUGUUAUUGGCCAAGAUACUAACGGACGUGUAAGGUCAGACCCUGUGUAUCUUCAAUAACCAGAUAAGGAAAGACUGCAUUAUAACAGAGAACAAUAAAGGGGUGCUUUUGUACAGAUAGUAUCUGCAAAAUUUGUGUGAGCUGCAUUCUUGCACAAAAAGAGAUUUGAUCCAAAGAACAGAAUUAAAAUUUUUACCUUUUUGUACAUUUUCUUGAAAUGAGAACAGCUUCUAGACUUGGCGAAACUGUGUGUGGAUAGUAGCAUUUAGUCUAUAUUUUAAUUCCAGAAACACUAUCUUAAAAUUAUCUUAUUAAAUAGUAUCGUGAAAUUCAACAAUUCAGGUACCUUUUUGUGCUAAAAAUGAAUCUUUAUCAAGAUUUUAUGAAUAAAUCAGUGAAAUCUAACGUCCUUUAAACCUGGCUCAAUGUGUGACACUAACCCUGAAGACUAAUAUAUCCUGCUUCAUUACAAAGUGACCCUGAUUAAGGAAGUGUAACGGCCAAAUUCCACCAGAUCCGUAUCCGGUCCGUCUCUGAUCCGUCACAUCACCAGAUCUGAUAGGUUUCUAUUCUAGUCAAUGUGUUAACUUCCACUGGAUCCGCUCCGUUGCAUUCCGGCUGCGUCUCUGAUCCGGCAGGUCGGAGUCCUCCAGAUCAGAUACGCAAGACUUCUAUUUUUGCUGGAUGCCGGAGUACGACGCAUCAAUCUCAACAGAGCAGAUGGAGCGGGACAGGAAGUCAGGUUUCACCAAAACAAAAUGAAAACAUCCUGUUAAUUUUCAGAAUAAAACACUCUGUGUUAUCACCAGAUCGUAUUUCACUUAACUACAACAACAAACCAAAGUCAUGAUGAGUGGAGCCAGGCCUGGAGUCAACAGGUCAGAGGUUUUCAGAGGACCAGAAAGACAACAUGGAUGAGGAGAGGAGGAGGAGAAUCCUUGAUUCAGUGAUUACUUGGUCACAUGACUCCAGCUGUCCGGCGGUCCUGCUCCGUGCUGCAUUCUGAAAACACAACCGGUGGGUGUUGACAGGCAAGAGAGCACGGAGACGGACCGCAGCGGAUCAGAGACGGACCGGACACGGAUCUAGUGGAAGUCCAGUGUAAUGCCUUUAAUAGGAGUCAGCAGCAGAGGAGAGGAUCAAUCAGCAGUAGCUUAGUGCAGCUGGGAUUCAGAUGUUAAUCAGGUCAACUGCUCGGCUUCAUUCAAAUAACAGAUUUACAUCAAUAAUAUCAAAACACAUCCAUGAUAAGAGUCCUAAGAGGAGACACUAACAACCAACACUGAGGAAGUCACAGAGGUCCAGUACAUGUUACUCCUAAACAAACACAGAUCAUAAUAAGUAUUCAUAUUUGGAAAUGAGGUUUAUGAUUUUUAAAACAGGAAAGGUAAAGUGUGGUCACUCCGAUGAGAAGCACUGAUCACAAAUGUACACAAACUGGGCAGUACCCCUUUAAAUGAAGACACGGGCUGUUUUCAAUCUGCCUACUACCCUAGCAGUACGUACUGAUGUGGUCUAAAUUCAGUAUGUAGUAAGUGAACAAGAGCAAAAUCUGCAGUAUGCCAAAACUCCCUGGAUGUUGUACUGAUUCAGGAACAUGUCUCAGUCUGCAGCGCACCAGUCUCCCUCACGUACUGUUUCCCACAAUGCACAGAGCUAACUUCUUCUUUUGUCAGUAUAUGACAGUGGGGGGCACUCUGCUGUGAAAAUGAUUAAACUCCAUAUAAACCACUUCUUCACUUUUUAAAUCACAAGUGAUGCUAAAGAAGCAGUUUAUCUAUCAGCUUGGUCGUUGUUUACUUCUGCUUUCUGAAACCAGAAAUCCAGUGACGUCUGACCCAGCAUCCUGCAGACCAGAUCCAACAGAACAGUCAGUCUACAGACUACCUUCAAAUGUAGUAGGUAGUAUGUAGCAGUCCAUUUCAAAAACAGCCCACUAUCCUCACACGCUCUGACUUUAACAUAUCCAUGCUGCCAUCCACCGUCGAGCUGAUUCAGAGCUUGAUUUAAACUUUGAAAGACUUUCACCUUGUUAAAGUACCCGUUCCUUUGGAUCAGUCCUAGACUGGCUUCUUUGAGUUACAUUAAAAAUGUCUGAAUCAAAGUAAUUUAUGAUUAAGAAACCAAAAAUGGCCUAAUUAUACUGUAGCAGGUGAUGUGAUGGUGACUUGCCUGUCUCAUGUUCAUAAGCAUGAAGUGCCUUUGGAUGGGAAUAGCUGUGGAAACUUCUAAUCUGUCACUCUAAUCUGUCUCACUUCAGACCUGCAGACUUGGUUUAAAUGUAAAGAACAUUAAAUGAGCUCCUCCAGUUUUCUCCUUAAAGCUGAUUAUCACACUCCUCGGGGAUGAUCUUAUGGCAUUUGUGUACGCACACACACAAGAGAAAAUCAGCACUAAUUUGUGUCCUCACAUCCUCAAUUUGUAAUUAUUUAAAAUACACUACCAGUCUAAAGUUUGGACACACCUUCUCAUUCAAUGGUUUUUAUUUAUUGUAAUUAUUUUCAACAUUGUAGAUUAAUACUGAAGACAUCAAAACUAUGAAAUAAUCUGGUUUUACCAUAAUCUGGAUUACAACAGUAGUCAAAUAGGGCUAUCCAUUGUGUACUAACCCUACCUCUGAACAACACAACUGAUGGUCUCAAACACAUUAAGAAGGCAAGUCAUUCUACAAAUGAACUCUUGACAAGGCUCAUGUUCAUUAGAAACCAUUCCAGGAGACCACUUCAUGAAGCAGACUGAGAGAAUACCAAGAGUGUGCAAAGCUGUCAUGAAGGAAAAAGGGGGCUACUUUACAGAAUCUAAAAUAUAAAACAGAUUCUGCUUUGUUUAACACUUUUUGGUUCAUUACAUAAUUCCAUAUAUGUUCUUUCAUAGUUUUGAUGCCUUUGGUAUUAAUCUACAGUUUUUAAAAUAAAUACAAACCCUUGAAUGAGAAGGUGUUUCAACACUUUUUGACUGGUAAUGUAAAUCUGGUUGCAAUUAGUCUAUAAUAUAGUUAGAUUUUUUGUGUUAACUUAAUAAAAAUGUGUUCGGCACAGAGGACAAAGUCUUCUUUUUCCUCUUGGUGAAGGUGAGAUGAGGAGACUGAUGCUCCUCGGGUGUCUAUGUGCCUGCUGUGAGGCUGGAGACGGCUUAACUGAGAGAAGCUAAUAAAGUCAGAUAUUACCCCAACAACACAUCUUAAACUCACCAACCAACAAGCUGAGGUGUCUUCAGUUACAGGAGGUGGUCUGUUAAAUAUGAAGUCUUUGAAGCACCAUUAUUUAAAAAGAAGCCUUUUCAAACACUGCCUCAGACUUCUCCUGAUUUCUGUCAGACACUAGAGUGGUUUCUUGCCACCAGCCUCUCAAUGCAAACAUGUACAUGAUAACUUAUCUCACACCCUUAGAGGGGCUGAUUUUAUAAGAAUGACCUUCUUGUCAGGACAUUAUUAACUACCUGCUUACCAAAGACAUGACUCACUGGAUCCAGUGAGGAGUGGUUUAAUCACAAGCAAGACAAAUUUGCAAGCUUCUCCAAAAACAAAGAUUUUCACUAAAGGAAAGGUAUGAACGUAGAGAGAGCUGAAGCUGUGUAGCUACACUGAGAGUAAACAGAGAGAUAUGUUGAUGGAUAUGUUUCACCCCCUCUUUAAAGUCAUGUGAAUUUGACCUGCUCAGAUACAGAGAGCUCUUACCGUCAUGGUUGUGGAUAACGCCCCGUGUUAAACGUCCAAAAUGCUUUUAAACUCACUGUAUGGUUUUUAUGUGUACUGUCUAUUCAUUAUAACCAAUCAGUGAACGUGCUCACGCCUAUAAAGCAGUGUUUGCUGUUUCAUAAAGGAAAGGUUCAAAUGUUUCAAAGUGAGCCGUUAGGUUUCUGACUCGUCGUCUGUGUUAUUAAUGUCGUCUCGUAUGUGGAAGUUGGAUAUUAAUCUUCUUUUCUGAACUGUGUGUGGCACAGAUACUAUGUCUGUAAUCAAUUCCAAAAUGGCCUUGUCUCUUUCUGCACCGGUGCAUAUGCAGCACACCUUUGAGUGCACUGAGGGUUUUGUAUAAGGUGCUUUGUACAAAGUUGACCAUAACAUUUAUUACAGAUGUUGUGUAUAUCUUUAAUAUUCUAAUGUUGAUCCUAUUUUCAGAAGAGCAGACUACAUUUAAGAAAAGCUAGUGAUAUGUGUCUAUUGGUACUGCACAGGGUCUGAUCUUUAUUUGGUAACUUUCCCCCUCAUUGCUAAAAUUAUGUUAGAUAUUUUCUAGCUUUGUAGAGACUUUGUAUGCAUAUGCUAUUCAGUCUAAAUAAAUGGUCAGUUCCAAACUGC